AGCACGAUUCGUGGAUUGUAUGGUACAGGAUGCACGACUUCGACAACAACAACCUGCUGGACGGCCAGGAGAUGAUGGCGGCCAUGUUCCACACCAGCCACCACGAUGAUGGCGAUCACGCAGAUGAAAGGAUAGAGAUCAUACCGGAGGCGGACAUCGCCAGCUACGUGGACUCUGCCCUUUUAGCUGACAAAAACCACGACGGCUACAUUUCGUAUCCGGAACUAAGGGCAAGCGACCUUGCAAAGCAGCACACUUAAAUCUUUGUACAAAGGUGAUACCACUAUGCGCCCACUGCAUUUUCACAUACGUCGUCUUAUUUAGAAUUUUUUUUGUUCGGCACACAGUGCCUUUUCAGUGCCUUUAUACAUCUGCUUUACUGAGUCCUUUUACUCACAAUAAAGUAUUUUGCCGUG